UGAAGUUAUAGUUUAGCAGCGGCGUGAAGAAUACGAUAGCAGCGGAUCUCCUUCUCCCCACCAAUGUCGAUGGCGGCGGCGGCGGCGAAACCCUCACCCACAAUCUCCAGAACUUCCGUCGCUUCCCAAAAAGCCCCUCCGCCUCGCCUCGCCCCCGCCCUCCGCUUCCCAUCCUACCACCCCUCCCCCUUCCCGAACCACCCCUCCUCCAUCCUCGCCGCCUCUUCCCGAAUUGCCCCCUCCCCCCUCCUCCUCCCCCCUCGCGCCGCGCUCUCCUCCUCCUCCUCCUCCCCCUCCUCUCCUACCCUCUUCCAUGGCCCUUGCUUCGUCCUCGGAGACAACAUCGACACCGACCAAAUCAUCCCCGCGGAGCACCUCACCCUCGUCCCCUCCAACCCCGACGAGUACGCCAAGCUCGGCUCCCACGCCUUCUGCGGCCUCCCCUCGGCCGCGUACCCCGUCCCCUUCGUCGCCCCCGGCGCCGCCGCCAGCCGCUUCCCCGUCGUCGUCGCCGGCGCCAACUUCGGCUGCGGCUCCUCCCGCGAGCACGCCCCCGUCGCGCUCGGCGCCGCCGGGGUCGGCGCCGUCGUCGCCGAGUCGUACGCGCGCAUCUUCUUCCGGAACUCCGUUGCCACGGGCGAGGUGUACCCCUUGGAGGUGGAGACGGAGGGUUUGCACGAGGAGUGCACGACGGGGGACGUCGUGACCGUCGAUCUGGAGAAGAGCGUCCUCAUCAAUCACACGACGGGGAGGGAGUACCGCCUCAAGCCGAUCGGCGAUGCCGGGCCAGUGAUCGAGGCCGGGGGGAUCUUCGCCUACGCGCGCAAGACGGGGAUGAUCGCGUCGGCUUCGACGGCAUAGGGCUUAAAGGAUGCACCAGGUAUACAAGUGCAGGGAUAUGUUUGACAGUCCGGGAAGCUGCUCAUUUGGAUCUGAAACUUUUUGUCGCUAGAAAAUAAAACCGUUGGGACCUCCUCGAUCCUUGUAUUGUCUUGUUAAAAUUGUGUGUUGUACUCUUAUUUACAUAGGAGUGCCUGCGAUAAGUUGUUUGUGUUAAUGAAAUAGUCGGUAAUCUACUAAAUUAUCUGCAAUUGUAGUAGAGCAAACAAUUUUACUCUGCUCGUGUCUGUCGUUUUACUGCAAAUGCAUAAGGCUAAGCUUCUGAUGCUAUCAA